GAGCGUUUGAUUCAUCUGCUAUCGACUAUUUGUCCUGAACGGAUCCUGAAUGCUAAGGAAACGCAGGCUAGCACGUGGGUUUAUGUAGUAGGUGAUAUAUCUUAUUUUAGUAUAUUGCUGUUUUUGUUGGGCAUUUUAAACGAAUGUUAUAGUGGGUCAUAUAAGUCGAGUUUACUAUUCAGCUGGCUAUCUAGCCAGAAAAUACGUAGGGAGACUGUUCUAAUGGCGGACAAUGAAGAUGAUGACUCUCAGCAAAGGGUGAAUGAGGGCGACUACGUUGUACUAAAACGGGGAGACAUCUACAAAGCUGUACAGAUACAAAAGAAAAAGAAAACGGUCUUUGAGAAGCAGUGGUUCUUCCUGGACAAUGCAGUAGGGGAGUUGUAUGGGACCACCUUUGAAGUUGUAAGUGGCGGAACACUCCAGCCACGAAAACCUAAACACGUUGAGCAUGCUGCAGAUGCCAAGGAAGCAGGUACAGACAAUAGACACAUUCUGGAUGAUGGGAAAUCCCAGAAACUCACCAGAGAUGACAUUGAGACCCUCAAAGAGCAAGGCCUGAAAGGACAGGAAAUAGUCCAGCAGCUCAUAGAGAAUAGUACAACGUUCAGGGACAAGACUGAGUUUGCACAGGAGAAAUACAUUAAGAAAAAGAAGAAAAAGUAUGAGAACAGUGUGAUGGUUCUAAGGCCCUCCUGCCGUAUCCUGGCUAUGAUGUACCAUGGCAGAGAACCAGGAAAGAUAUGCCACCUGCGGUAUGACACCCUGGCCCAGAUGUUGACCCUAGGGAACAUCCAUGCGGGCAGUAAGGUGCUGGUGUUUGAGACCUGCGCAGGACUGGUACUGGGGGCUGUGAUGGAGAGGAUGGGAGGCUACGGGUCCGUUGUGCAGAUGUACCCGGGUGGAGGUCCUGUGAGAGCAGGGGUGGAGAGCUUUGGGUUUCCCCCUCACUUCAACGAAACGCUCCACGAGUUCCCCAUCCAACAUGUCAACGCGCUGCUGGCUGGGACUCUGGACACGGACGCCAAAGACAUAGACGCAGAUGGCCUACAAGCCAAUGGGGAGAAGUCAGACCCGACUUCCCCGAAGAAGGCAGAAAACAAGAAGGAGAGCCCGGAUGCUGAGGACCAAAACAUGGAGACGAAUUCCAGUGAAAACUCAGCCGCGGAGAAGGAGGCGCAAGAGAGGGAGAAACGCAGGGAGAUCCGAGGCCAGGAGAAGAAGGUGAGGAUGGAGGAGAAGAGGAAGAAACUAGCGGCGGCUGCGGUGUUGCUACAGGGGAGGAAUGCUGAUGGGUUGGUGAUUGCCAGUCGGUUCCACCCCUGUCCAGUUCUACUGGGCCUCAUUAAGUUCCUAGCCCCUUCCAGACCCUUUGUGGUAUACUCUCAGUAUAAAGAGCCUUUGAUAGAGUGCUAUACAAAGCUCAGGGAACAAGGCGGUGCCGUCAGCCUGCGGCUCACCGAUUCCUGGAUUCGACAUUAUCAGGUUUUACCUAACCGGACACACCCCGUGCUGCUAAUGAGUGGAGGAGGGGGCUACCUCCUCUCCGGGACCACAGUCACUACGGACACACCGAAGGUGAAUACGGAACCAACGAGUGUGGAGGAGCCUGCCGCAAAACGAGUGAAGCUAGAAGAGGAAACCGAAUGAUAACAAUUACGACUACUGAGGCACCCCAACUGUUUUUCAUUUAAAUCAUGGCUGAACUGCUUUAACUCUAUCUGUGGAGUGUAGGAAGGCACUGAUGUCUCUCACUCCUCCUGAGACCAGUUAAGCACUAUCUUUGCUAUUUUUAAGCCCUGGGCCUGCUUUUCAAAGCUCUAAGCUUCCAAAUGCAGCAUUUGUUUUUACUUUAUAAUUUCUUUCCCCCUUUUUUUUUUUUUUUUUUUUUAAGUUGUGCCGUGAAGUAAAACGGCCGUUUGCUAUUGCAGCCUCACUGUGUAUAUGCAUUUCAGUUAAAAUAAAAAACAAAUUAAGAUA